AUGGCCACCUGCAGCCGCCAGUUCACCUCCUCCAGCUCCAUGAAGGGCUCCUGUGGCAUCGGUGGUGGCUCUAGCCGCAUCUCCUCCGUCCUGGCUGGAGGAUCCUGCCGGGCUCCCAGCACCUAUGGGGGCAUGUCGGUUUCCUCCUCUCGCUUCUCCUCUGGGGGAGCCUGUGGGAUUGGAGGUGGCUAUGGCGGUGGCUUCAGCAGCAGCAGCUUUGGUGGAGGACUUGGUGGUGGAUUUGGUGGUGGAUUUGGUGCUGGAUUUAAUAGUGGAUUUGGUGGUGGCCUUGGUGGUGGUCUUGGUGGCGGUUUUGGUGAUGGGCUCCUGGUGGGCAGUGAGAAAGUGACCAUGCAGAACCUCAAUGACCGCUUGGCCUCCUACCUGGACAAGGUGCGUGCCCUGGAAGAGGCCAACAGUGACCUGGAGGUAAAGAUCCGUGACUGGUACCAGAGGCAGCGGCCCACUGAGAUCAAAGACUACACCCCCUACUUCAAGACCAUCGAGGACCUGAAGAGCAAGAUCCUGGCAGCCACUGUGGACAACGCCAAUGUUCUUCUGCAGAUCGACAAUGCCCGGCUGGCUGCUGAUGACUUCCGCACCAAGUUUGAGACGGAGCAGAGCCUGCGCCUGAGCGUGGAGGCUGACACCAAUGGCCUGCGCCGGGUGCUGGAUGAGCUGACCCUGGCCAGAGCUGACCUGGAGAUGCAGAUCGAGAGCCUGAAGGAGGAGCUGGCCUACCUGAAGAAGAACCAUGAGGAGGAAAUGGCCUCCAUGAGAGGCCAGGUGGGUGGAGAUGUCAAUGUGGAGAUGGAUGCGGCACCUGGUGUGGACCUGAGCCGCAUCCUGAAUGAGAUGCGUGAUCAGUACGAGAAGAUGGCGGAGAAGAACCGCAAGGAUGCCGAGGAAUGGUUCUUCACUAAGACCGAGGAGCUGAACCGCGAGGUAGCCACCAACAGCGAGCUGGUGCAGAGCGGCAAGAGCGAGAUCUCUGAGCUCCGGCGCACCAUGCAGAACCUGGAGAUUGAGCUGCAGUCCCAGCUCAGCAUGAAAGCAUCCCUGGAGAAUAACCUGGAGGAGACCAAAGGUCGUUACUGCAUGCAGCUGGCCCAGAUCCAGGAGAUGAUCAGCAGUGUGGAGGAGCAGCUGGCUCAGCUGCGCUGUGAGAUGGAGCAGCAGAAUCAGGAGUACAAGAUCCUGCUGGAUGUGAAGACACGGCUGGAGCAGGAGAUCGCCACCUACCGCCGUCUGCUGGAGGGCGAGGAUGCCCACCUUUCAUCUUCCCAAUUCUCCUCAUCGUCUCAAUUCUCCUCUGGCUCUCAAUCGUCCAGAGAUGUGACCUCCACCAACCGCCAGAUCCGUACCAAGGUCAUGGAUGUGCACGACGGCAAGGUGGUCUCCACCCACGAGCAGGUCCUGCGCACCAAGAACUAAGGCUGCUACGUACUGCUCAGGCUUAGGAGGCUCCUGUGUGGACACAGAUACUGCUGGAAGAGCUCCACUAUUGUCCCUACAUGCUUCACCCUUUACUUGACCCUUGUCCUUCUUGGCAAGCAAUAAAGCUUCUUUUUCUGAGUUGCACAA